CACCAGGGGGCGCGCGGACGCCGCGACCAUUCAGUGUGUCCACCGGGAGGCGCUGCAGCCCGCUUCUGGCUGUCGGGCUGUGCGGAGUGCGACCCAGAACUCAGCCCCGCCUGAAUGGGAGAGGCAGAGUGAAACUAUUUGCAUACUCUUGAAAGAGCCUUUCUGACUGGGUAGGAUAUAAAAGCCGAAUGUGAAACGGUGCCUCUCAUUGGCUUUAAUUUUCUUCUCGCUUUGCAUCCCGCCCUAUUCCUGCCCCCCUAAAACCCAGAGGUCAAUCCGAAACCACUGGUUAGUGGUGAGAAGAGGACCCCGGUGUCCCGGCAGUGGGCGCCUAAGGUUGAGUGAGGUGCCGGGGCGCGGGAAGCCAGGGUGACUGUUUGUGCCCACCCCCGUCCCGACUCCUCCUCGCUCGCUGAUUCGCCCGUUCAGGAAUUGGAAAUGGGCAACCUCGAGAGGUGCAUCUGGGGACGUACACGGCUCUGAGACCCUUGCCACCUGCCUCUCCUUCCACUCAUGGCCACACUGGUGAUCCUCGCCACUCUGGCCCCAUUGACGCUGCCUUGAGAGUUGCUCCAAAGUAGGGCUCCCGAGCUUGGAGCAGCAUGGGCACUGAGGAGGAAGAGCCCGACUGCCAGAAACAGUUCCAGGCAGCCGUCAGCGUCAUUCAGAGCCUGCCUAAGAAUGGCUCUUACCGCCCCUCCUAUGAAGAGAUGCUGCGAUUCUACAGCUACUACAAGCAGGCUACCAUGGGGCCCUGCCUGGUCCCCCGGCCUGGGUUCUGGGAUCCCAUUGGACGUUAUAAGUGGGAUGCCUGGAACAGCCUGGGCAAGAUGAGCAGGGGGGAAGCCAUGUCUGCCUACAUCUCUGAGAUGAAGCUGGUGGCACAGAAGGUGAUUGACACAGUGCCCCUGGGCGAAGUGGCGGAAGAUAUGUUUGGUUAUUUUGAGCCCCUGUACCAGGUGAUCCCUGACACGCCGAGGCCCCCAGACACCUUCCUAAGAAGGGUCACAGGUUGGAAAGAGCCAGCGCUGCACAGAGACGAUCAGACUGCUCCAGAGCCUUCUUGCCUCCCCAAGGAGCCAGUACCUCCAAGUCCAGAGCCCCAGCCACCCAGGGACUUGGACCUGGAGGUUUUCUGUGAUUCUCUGGAGCAGCUGGAGCCAGAGUUGGUGAGACCGUCCCUCUUCUCCCCUGUUCCUCCCGGGUCAGAGCUGCCCCACCUCCACCCUGAGACCUGCGACUCAGCUCAGCAGGUCUGCACGGAGCAGAGGGGAGCAGCUGGCCGAGAGCUGGACACCGGAGACAACCCUGAGUCCCCCAGUGAAAAAGAGGGGUUGGAAGGUAGCCUGAUGGGGCCCCAGGAACUGGACAAAUGGCUGGUGGGGACGGUCCGGGCCAUGCAGGAAAGCAUGAGGAAUGUCCAGAGGAGAUUACAGAGCCUGGAGAGCAAGUCCCAGCCACAGGAGCAGGGUUGGCUUUUGUCUGUUUGUGGUGAGAUCUUGCUGUGUAGCCCAACGGUUUAGAAUUUACCUUCCUCCAGCCUCAGCCUCUCAAAUGCUGAGGUUACAGCCUUCACCACCGCCUGACUUGAUUUCCCUUUUGCAGAAUAGGAAAUAGAGGCCUGAGAACUUAGCUUGCCUGGGGGCACACAACAUGGAAACCCUUGAACUGCUUUUGCUGUACCCAGAACCUACCUGUCUCCUCCCGUGGGCUCCGGUUAACAGCAUUGAUGAAGCCCAGGGUAGCCCCCAGUCUCUUGUUACCUAUCCUAGUGAGAAUGUGGUUAAAGGGUCUUUAAACCGGGAGUAGGCUUCGUUGCUCUAUUUGAAGAUCUCUGGUGUGACCCCUAACCUACUGAGUAUGGUGGAUCUGAGCCUUGGUGACAAGGAUUUCAACACUGCUUCCCCUCCCCCACAGCAUUCUUUAUUCCCAUGCCACCUUUUACCCACUUGAAAUGUGAAGGACCCCCCGCCCAGCCCUCCCCUGUACUAAGCAAGGACUCUAGCAUUGAGCCAAUCGUCAGCUUGUCUUUUAUUUGACACAAGGUCUUACCAAGUUGCCCAUUAGCAAUUAGAAUGUUUCAUAGAUUAUACAGUUGCUGGGGUCGAGCUGGAGAUACAGCACAACAAUGGGGCAUUUCCCUAGAAGCCCUGGGGCACUGGGCUCACUCUAGCGCCACCAAAAGUGGGAAAGAAGUUUAAACCUAGCAUUUGCUAAGUAACUGGAAAUCACAGACCUGUGACAUGAGACCUAGUUAAAAUGGGGGGGGGGGGAUGAUGUACGUGGGUGUGUGUGUGUGUGUGUGUGUGUGUGUGUGUAGGUCACAGGACAACUGCAUCUCUCCUACUGUGAGUCCUGGAGAUUAAAUUAGGAUCUUCAGUCUUGGCCACAAACACCUUUCUUGCUAACCAUCUAUCUCAUUGAUCCUCAGCACUUGUUGUUGUUGUUUUAGAAAUUUAUUUAUUAUGUAUACAGUGUUCUGCCUGCAUAUACUCCUGCAGGCCAGAAGAGGGACACCAGAUCUCAUUAUAGAUGGUUGUGAGCCACCAUAUGGUUACUGGGAAUUGAACUCAGGACCUCUGGAACAGCAGUUCUUAACAGAUGAGCCAUCUCCCAGCCCCUUUUGUUUUGUUUUUUUGAGUCAGGGUUUCUCCGUGUUAACAGCCCUGCCUGUCCUAGAACUCACACUGUAGAACAGGUUGACCUUGAACUGAAAAGAUCAACCUGCCUCUGCCUCCCAAGUGCCAGGAUCCUUAGCAUUUUAAAAUCAACCAUUACAGCAUACCUACAAUCCUGACAUCCUGGAGGCAGAGUCAGGAGGAUCCGUGAAGCUUGAGACUUGCCUAAGCUUUGAGUUCCACACCAGCCAAAAAGAAAAAAAAAGUAUAUUGUAAGCUUCAUAAAGUUCCACUCUGAAUUCUGAAUAUAUUUUAUUACAAUUCUGUAAUAUCACCAGAUACCCAGUUCAAGUUCAGAUUUUCCGAGUUGUUUCAGCCGCUGUUGACCAGUCCAGGGUCACACUGUCCCUAGUUCAGCACCAUUAUUUCUGUCGUUGCCUCUGCUGGAAGCAGGUGUCAAACACAGGACAUUUAGCUCAGCAUCUGAGCUACACCCUUCAGCCUAAACUAGUCCUGGCACAGGGGCAUGCAGACUGUCCCACUUCUGGGGCCUGAUCAUGCCUGAUUUUCUUGUACACUGUAUCUUCUGUGAAAUGAGUUAAGAUCCAAAGAUUGGUUUUGUAUCUAGUUAAACAUUCUGGCCAGAGACUAUGUGAGGUAGUUUACACUUGGUUUUGGUUGUAGUGUUUUGGUUUUUACUUAGAUGUAUGUGCAUGAGUGUUUGCCUGCAUGUAUGUAUAUGUACCACAUGUGUGCCUGGUAUCCUCAGAAGUCAGGAGAGGGUGUUGAAUCCUCUGAAAGUAGAAUCAGAGACAGUUGUGAGCUGCCAUGUAAAUGCUGGGUUCUCUGCAAGACCAGCAAACGCUCUUACCUACUGAGUCCUCUGUCUAGCCCUUGAGUUUUUUUUGUGUGUGAUUUGUUUGUUUUGUUUGAGAUAGGGGCUCACUGUGUAGCUCUGGCUGGCCUGGAACUCACUAUGUAGACCAGGCUGGUCUUGAACUCACGGUGAUUUGCCUGCCUGUCUCCUCCCCUCUGCCACCCAGUGUAGUUUACACUUGUAAUCCUAGCACUUGGGAGGCUGAGACAGGAGGGUUGCUGUGAGUUCCAGGCCAACCUGAGCUAUAAAGUUAAGACCCUGUCUCAAUAAAUUAAAAACAGAAAUCAGGGGCUGGAAAGAUGGAUCAACUGUUAAGAGUGCUUCCUCUUCAUCCGGAGGCCCAAGUUCACUUCCUUGUACCCAUGUCAGAGAGUUCAGAAAUGGCUGGAACUUCAGCUCCAGGGAAUCAGACCUUGAUGGGCACCUCCCACACCCAUGGGGCAAACACACACACACACACACACACAAAUAAAAUAAAGUCAUCAUUGUUUUACAAACAAACAACAAACCAUAUCAGAGUGAUGUUCCUCACAUCAGGGGACACUCAGGGACAGGUAGUACCUGGCCCUCUACCACUAGGGAGUCUAGCCUGUACUGCUGGCCUGGGGACAGUCUGGCCCCAACUCCAUGAUGUCAAGUUUUCCUCUUGAAGCCACGGAAUGUCCAGCUCAUCAACCAUUUUGCCAUACUGUGUUUGACAACUGAUGAUCUUUGCCUUGACAGCAAUUUAUUUAGUGCUUGCAAAAAUUUGUUGAUUUUCAAUUCUCUUAUUCCUCCAACAGGUGAGCGUUUUGUUUUCUGUAGGGUUUUCCUGAAACAAAACUGCCCACAGGGUUUCAUUUUCUUCUUUCUUGACUUUGUUCUUCCUCCUUCUC